UUUAUUUGAAUGGUUUGUUUUGUUUGAAGCCGCGUUGUUUUGGUAUACGUUUGUUGUACUCAAUUUUAGACAUAUCAUUGUAAAGUCGAUUUAUUUACCUUAGAUUAAUUAGAAAUCAUUAGAUUUCUAUUAUCUGUGAAGUAUGGAAGGCAUAUCUUUCAAGAAAUCAGCAAGACGAAAUAUACGAAAGAGAAAAGCUAGUGAAGACGAGGACUCUAGCAGUGAAGAUGAGACGAAAGUUGUAAGAAAGGAAAAAAUAACGAAAAUUAACAAUCCUAUGAUACAAGGUACUAACCUUAACAAAAAUAAAAAUCGUGAAUCAAAAGCAGUAACUGACAGUGACAGUGAUAAAGAAACUGUUAUCACCAGUUAUAAAUCUGAUAAAAGUGCUGCACCUGCAGGUCCAUCUGAUAUGGGAGCUACAUCAUAUGUACAAACUGAAACAGAAAAGGACAAAGACGCUCAAACGAUAUUCGAAAAGGCUCAAAAAAUAAAUGAAGAGUUGAAAGGUAAACCAGAUGAUAAGAUAUAUAGAGGAAUGAAUAAUUAUACUCAAUAUAUUACUAAGAAAGAUACAGCUCAAGGAAAUGCAUCUAGUGGAAUGGUUCGAAAAGGACCUAUAAGAGCUCCUGAUAAUAUUAGGUCAACUGUUCGCUGGGAUUAUCAGCCUGAUAUUUGUAAAGAUUACAAAGAAACAGGAUUUUGUGGUUUUGGGGACAGUUGUAAGUUUAUGCAUGACAGAUCAGACUAUAAACAAGGAUGGCAAUUAGAGCUGGAAAUGGCAAACAAUACUUAUGGGGAUGAAGAUCCUUCAAAGUAUGAGAUUAGUUCAGAUGAAGAUAAUUUACCUUUCAAAUGCUUUAUUUGUCGAGACUCAUUUAAAGAUCCUGUGAAAACUAAAUGUGAUCAUUAUUUUUGUGAGAAAUGUGCUUUAGAUAAUUAUAAGAAAAGUACUCGUUGUUAUGUGUGCGGGGUGCAGACCUCGGGGUUUUUCAAACCUGCAAAAGAAUUAAUUGCUAGAUUAGCAGCCGAAGAUCAAAAAGAAGAGAAAGAAGAAAGUGAUGAAGAAUAAAAUUUCUUAGCUUCUCUGA